AUGAAUCCCUACAAGGAGAGGCUGAGGGGAAUGUUCAGGUUGGAGAAGAUGAGGUUGAGGGGACAUGAUCAGAACCAACAACUUCCCAUAUACGUAGCCUUCUCUGUUGUGGCCCCGACAAUAAGGAAUGGCCUGCUGGAAGAAGUCAGGAAGACUCCCACUCUCUUGGCUUUCUGCAAACUGCAUAAUCUUGAGUGUGGGAAGAGCUUCCAUCACAGACACAGUCUUCAAACUCAUGUGAGAAUCCACACAGGAGAGAAGCCUUUUGAAUGCUCAGAGUGUGAGAAGAGAUUUCAUCACAGUAGCAGUCUUCAUAGUCAUCUAAGAACCCACACAGGAGAGAAGCCUUUUGAAUGCUCAGAGUGUGAGAAGAGAUUUCAUCACAGUGGCAGUCUUCAUAGUCAUCUAAGAACCCACACAGGGGAGAAGCCUUUUGAAUGCUUAGAGUGUGGGAAGAGAUUCAGUCAGAGCAGCAAUCUUCAAAGUCAUCUACGAUCCCACAAAGGGGAGAAGCCUUUUGAAUGCUCACAAUGUGGGAAGAGAUUCAGCCGGAGUGGCAAUCUUCAAAGUCAUCUGCAAACCCACACAGGGGAGAAGCCUUUUGAAUGCUCAGAGUGUGGGAAGAGAUUCAGCCACAGUAGCAAUCUUCAACAACAUCAGAGAAUCCACACAGAGGAGAAACCUUUUGAAUGCUCCAAAUGUGGGAAGAGAUUUAGGAACAGUAGCAGUCUUUCAAAACAUGUAAGAAUCCACACAGGGAAGAAAUCUUUUGAAUGCUUGGAGUGUGGGAAGAGAUUCAGUCAGAGUGGCUAUCUUCAACAACAUCAGAGAACCCACACAAGGGAGAAGCCUUUUGAAUGUUCAGAAUGUGGGAAGAGAUUCAGGGAGAGUAGCAGUCUUAUAAAACAUCUAAGAACACACAGAGGAGAGAAGCCUUUUGAAUGCUCAGAAUGUGGGAAGAGAUUUGGUUGGAGUGGCAGUCUUCAAAGUAAUCUACGAACCCACACUAGGGAGAAACCAUUUGAAUGCUCAGAGUGUGGGAAGAGAUUUAGUCACAGUAGCACUCUUCAACAACAUCAGAGAACACACACAGGAGAGAAGCCUUUUGAAUGCUCAGAAUGUGGGAAGAGAUUUGGUUGGAGUGGCAGUCUUCAAAGUCAUCUACGAACCCACACUAGGGAGAAACUUUUUGAAUGCUCAGAGUGUGGGAAGAGCUUCAGUCAGAGUAGCACUCUUCAAAGUCAUCUACGA